UCGAUGUUUGUUACACUAACUGAUGGAUAUCGUGAAUUAUUCACAUGGUAAGCAUGAAUUGUCGUCGGCGAUGAGCGAGUGAGAAAAAAUGUUGCCAACUCCCGCAUUGAGGAAGUGCCGAUUCGAAUGAAAUAGAAUAUACAUAGUGCCUGUCUUUCCGCAGUUCGUCUGAUAGUCAUGCACCGACUAGUAUCCUUCUUUAUCUUCUCUAAUAUUUUCCUUUCGUUUGCCAUAGCAAACGACGAGGAAAGGCCGUUAUCAUUACAGGACCAAUGUUUGAAAUCGAAUAUUGCCGAUUUAGAGGAAUACAUUUCUACAUUGAAUUUAACAAAUGUACCUACAAUCGAUACGAUGAUCAUUGGUUUUGAAUGUCCACUUACGGCUUUACCCUUUGGUAUUUUGAGAUCUGACUGGGCAAGAUUGUUGUUAUUACGUAAUGCACAAGAGAAAGAUUCGAUUUUCGCUGAGAAACUGGAAUGUCUGUUUAAACUUUUAAUCAUAGCUUAUCAAAGAUUAGAACAAAAUCUGAUACCAAAGAAAUCUUUCGAUAGAAUGAAUAAUAGUUAUAUUUCUAAUACGGGAAAUGUUUCCAACAUUGGAAAUAAUACUAUAAAAAUGAAAUUUAUGAAUACGAAUUUUAGUUCCGAGAUAGUACCGAUAAGUAUACGUUUUGAGAAUACAAGUAUCAACGCUGAUCAUCGUGAAAGUAUAAAUGAGAAUAAGAUGAAUGAAAAUGGAAAAAAGAAAGAUAAUGUUGAAUAUCUUAGUACGGAGUUUAAUAAAAAAACACAAGGAAAUAAUGUGAAGAACGAUAUUAUGGAAAAUUAUAAUAGUGAGAACGUUGCAUUAUGUAAAGAUUUACAGAAUGUAGAAAGAUUUACGAAAGUCGAUUGUUCGGAAAAUACGAUUAAAUAUUCCCUUUCUCAACAAGGAAAUAAAUUAUUAACAAAUACGGAUGUUAUGAUGGAAAUAACAAACGAUCCAAUGUAUAGUAGUCAAGACAAGGAGAUAACAAAAGUUAGCAUUUAUAAUGAGUUGGAUAAUAAGAAGGACGUAACGAUACCGUUAACAAUUUCUACAGUGGUAAGUUCAGAAAGUGGAAAUAUGGAAGUACCUAUGUCAACAGAGAAAAUCGCGAGUUUGGCUAAUUUAACGAAUAUAAUAAAAUCUAACUAUACAAGAACGUCCAUCGAGGAAUCUAAUUCGAUUAGUACAUUGUCGACCAUUCGAACGGAAAUUUUCGAAGAAAUGUCAUCGCAAAAAACACAAGUGGGAAUUAAAAAUGAUAAAAUGAAUGUUUAUAAUUCAACAAAUAUUUACGAGACAAAUAAGAGCGAUGAAACUUUCGACUCUUCGAAAUUUACUAAUUUUAAUAAGAAAUUUAAUACGAUGGAUAGUGUUAGUGUUACGAAUUCUGUUGAUAUCAAGGAUCCUUAUGCUAAAAACAGUAUAAGCGAUGUAACAAAUCGUCAAGAUCUUCAAGAGACUAUUUCGAAUGAGUUGUCAAUUUUGAAAAAUGAUAAUCCGACAUAUGCAUCGAAUGUAGGAACAAAUUCAAUGGAUUACUUUGAUCCUUCAUGGACUAGUAUUUACGAUGUUUUCACUCACAAGCCAGACAAGUUUUAUUCCUCUAUCGACAGAUUUCGUCAUAAGGUCGGAGAUAAACUGAAAAGGCUUCCGGUUUUCAGAAAACAACCUUCAGGACUUGUUACGAAGGAUCAUAAAGCGAACGUAAAGGUUACUUCACUUCUCUCGAAGACUAUUACUUUCAUGACAGAUUCGAUAACGAAAACAAAUAAAUUUAAAGGAGAUCUCUUGGAUUCUCAAAAAUGUGACCAUACGAAUACCAAUAUCGAGAACAAUUUUAGAUUUUUUUACAAUAAUGGAGAAAGACCGGAGCAAAAAACUAGGAAAAAUGGUCGAGAAAUAUUUAAUUUUAUUCAUAUUAAAUGUAAAAAUGAAUGUACGUAAUAUAAUAUAGAUAAAUAUUAUUCUUUUUUCUAUAUAAAAUAAUAUAAUAUGCACGUACGCACACACUUACAGCUAUAUUAUAAUAGAAAGAAAAUUAAAAUUUUAUACGUAAAAUUAGGUUAUCUAUAUUUGUAAUUCAAAAAUGAAUUGAUUUCCUCAACGAAUAAACUAUUUUAAGGAAUUACAAUUUGGUCUCGCAACCGAUAUCGUCUCAAUACAUUGCAUUUGCACCUUACCCGGUGCAAUGACCGGACACUUACCGAUUCUUAUCAGCGAUUUCGCGGACGGUCCAUAAAUUCAUGACCCGGAGCCGACUGAUAUUU